AUGGGGAGGCAGUGCUAUCUCUGCCACCACACCUGCCAUGAGUGUGUUGAUGAGGGACCAGACAACUGCACCAGCUGUGACAGAGAUAAAUUUGGUGAAGCCAGGUACUUCUUUCAUGGUCAGUGUCGGGAUGUCUGUCCAGAGGGGUUCUUCCACUCUGCAAGUAGACGGUGUGAACCCUGUCCUGCAGAGUGCGUCAUCUGUAAAGCAGCAGAACAAUGCCUCCACUGCAGCUCAGGACAUAAGAUCAGAAAUGGCCAGUGUGUCCCGUUGGAGUGCAGUGCAGGUCAGGUUGCAGAUAGAGAGAAUGAAGACUGUCUCCACUGUGACGAGGGCUGCAAGCAAUGUGAACGCAAGGAUUCAGGAGAACGGGACCAGGAAACUAUUUGCCUCAAAUGUGAAGAUGGUUACUACCAGUUAGGCACAGACUGCCAUCAGUCCUGUCCAGAUCGGUACUACAGCUCAAAAGACAGUAUGGUGUGUGCUCCAUGUGAAGACAAACUAUGUGUGAUCUGUGACCAGUCCCAGUGCUACUGGUGUGAAAAGGGAUCCUACGUCUUUGAUGGAGAGUGCGUUGAUCACUGUAAGGAAGGUUUCUUUUUGGAUGAAGAGAGCCAGGAAUGUGAGCCGUGUCACAGAGCCUGUCGUACCUGCGGAGGGCCACAAUAUGGUGACUGUGACUCUUGUGAGGAUGGAUUCACACUGGAGAAGGGGGAGUGUUUGGAGGGAAGAAAAAUGGCCACCUGCUCUGAGAAACACUUCAGAAACAGUUAUGGCGAAUGUGAGCUGUGCCAUUUAUCUUGUAAGACUUGCUCUGCUGCAGGGAAGGAUGACUGCAGGAGCUGCUACUCAGGUCAAUUCUUGACUGCUCAACAGAGGUGCAUGUCUCAUUGUCCAUCUGGUACAUUUGCCAACAAGGUGUCCAGCCAGUGUGAGGAGUGCUCAAAGGGGUGUGUCAUGUGCCAGGACACCCAGCAAUGCCACCAGUGUCGCAGUGGGCUUUACCUGCAAAAUGGAGUGUGUGUGGUGGAGUGUCAGAGAGGGUUUCCUCAAGGUGGCAAAUGCCAGCCAUGUGCCCCAGAGUGUGCAUCCUGCCAGGAAGAUUCCUCUCACUGUCUGAGCUGUGAGAAGCAGAACUUCCUGCUGAACCACUCCUGUAGGUCACACUGUCCAGAUGGCUAUUAUACCACAGAGACAGAAUGCCGUCGCUGUCCAGCUCACUGUGAAGAAUGUAAUCAUGAUGGCCUCUGUAAGAAAUGUGCUGAUUACUACUUCCGCCAUGAGGAUAAGUGUGUGGAUGAUUGUCCUGAUGGCUACUUUGCCAGCGAGAAGCAACAGGAGUGUGUGCGUUGCCAUGCUGAUUGUGCCUCGUGUGAAGGACCGGGCUUUGAUGACUGUGAUGUGUGUCGCAACUCAAAAGCUGUCCGUUACAAUGGAGAGUGUCUGGCUCAUUGUCCUAUGAACGCUUACUAUGAUAAGACUAUCAAUGAAUGUAGAGAAUGUGACAGGUCAUGUUUGACCUGCUCAGGCCAUGAGCCCUCAUCCUGUCUCAGCUGUGACCCCAGCAGGCAUAAAGAUGCCAGCGGACACUGUGUGUGGUUAAAUCAGUGCUCUCUGCGCUCAUACAUGGACCAGAAUGGGAAGUGCCAACAGUGUUACAAACUCUGUCAGCAGUGUUCUGGGCCGGGCAAAGACAACUGCCUCCGCUGCAACGAGCCACACUUCCUACUGAACAGCACAUGUGUGAAGGAGUGUCCUGUGGGUUACUAUGCCGAGGACAAGGAUGAACGUGUGUGUGAGCGCUGUCACUUCAGCUGUAAGUCGUGUGUUGGCAGUCACAGUGUGCAGUGUACCACCUGUAAACCUGGAUUCUUUAGGCAGGGGAGCAGCUGCGUUGAAACCUGUUCAGAAAGUCACUUUGGCAACACCAUCACCAUGGUUUGCGAGCACUGUGACCCUUCUUGCAGUCAGUGUUGGGGUCAUGGUAACAGAAAGUGCCUGAGUUGCCGGGGGGACUACUUGUAUCUGAGCCAUUGGGGACAAUGCCUGAAGAGCUGCCCUCCGAACUACUACCACGACAGCUGGUCCAAGAACUGUCACAGGUGUCAUCCAACCUGCAAGACCUGUAGUGAUAAGGGCGCUCUGGCCUGUCAGUCCUGUUAUGAAGGCUUCACUUUAAUGAGUAGCAGCUGUCAAUCCAAGUGUAUUAUAGGCUUCUAUGCUGCUUCUCAGGCCUCUGAGUCCAAAAACGAUGAGACAAACUGCCAGGCGUGUGACUCGUCCUGCCUGGACUGCAGAGGUCCCAGCAUGUGGAACUGUACUGUGUGCCAUGCACGCCAGCUCUUGUCUGAUGAUGGCCGCUGCUUGAGUUGCUGCGGGAAUGAGACACGCCGCGAUAAUAAGCCAAUACCCAGGGAGUGCUGUGACUGCAGUGCCCUAGAAGAUGAGUGCAUCAUGGGUGUAAACUUUGUGUUGGGGGAAGCCAAGGAUUUAGAGGCUCAAGGCCGCACCGCCAAACUCUUUGUUACUGCUUGUGUUCUACUUGUUGUCUCUGUGGGUGGAGGGAUAUUCCUCUUCCUCAAUGCCCGAUCUAAAUCCCUCACCAUUGCACCCACAACCAAAGCAGGUGGCUAUGAGAAACUGGACACAAAUGGAGGUGUUACCUCACAGCCCACCACCUCCUCAUUUAGCGAGUACAGCGACCGGAUCAUUGGAUGUGAGGAUGAUGAGGAAGACGAGGAUGAUAUUGUCAUUGUCAUGGGAAAAGAUGGGACAGUGUAUCACAAGUUCAAGUACGGACUCUUGGAUGAAGAUGAGAUUGAGCUAGAGUACGAUGAUGAGAGCUACUCGUACAGAUGAAAGCAUUCAAGUCCUUGACUGGAGAGAAAAAGCUCUUCCUUAUGUAUCAUUGAAGUAUAAAUAAAAAUAAAAUCAUAUUAGUUACAAUUUGCAGGUGCAGACUUUAUAUCAACAGAACUUUGAUUUUUCAGAGACAAAACACUCCAUACAGCACAUUGACCCCUUCAGGUUUCCCAAAGUUUCUCUUAGAAUAUUUUCUUCUAGUUGUGAUUUAAUGUUUUGACUUCACUGCUGCACAUCUGGCUUGUAUCGUCUCACUGAGAUAAUAGUAGGUCUGCAUCGCACUAACUUGUAAGUGUGAAGAGCAAAUAAUCAGUAUUUUUCUCUGUAACCGGUUGAAGUGAAAUGUGGUGUGAAUGAUUGUUUCAUAAUAAAGUUGGAUUUUGAUCUGUACUUUGUGAGUGUGCAGUCAAGUUAUGAAUUAACCUGCAGAUGUGUUGUAUCGCACGCAAACCAACACAAUAACUGAGCUCAGUAAUAUGUUGAAAUUGGCUCUGCUGUAUGAUUGGGUUAUGUAAGAAAUCGGGACUAUGCUAAUUUAUAAUAAAUGCAGUUAAUUUUUGAGCCUAUUUUGACAUAUGCAAGUUCGGUAUUAAUUUAAGUGGCUCCUGAUCUGUGUCAUAAGUGGGUAUACAUUUACAUUGUGAUAGCCAACAAACAUACUGGUCUAUUUAAUAUUCAGUAGUCUCACACAAACUGAAAAUGAAGUCCCUUUGGAGAUAUGUUGGAACUAUAACCUUUACACUGAACCCCCAGUGGAACAAGUUGAAUCCAGCGUCUUAUCUCAUACUAGACUGAACAAAUAGACACAACAUUGACUCAGGGACAUCUGCCACUGUCCCUCCUUCAUACGUUGGUUUAACAUCAGCUUGACAUUGGCUUUCCCUUCCUGAGCCUUAUCAUGUAAAGCUACCGCUUCAGGCCUCAGGGCUUGUUGGUGCAGUAGCAUUGCGACACCUAUAAACAAAUUCACAUACCCAGUGUGACUGAAGUAUGAUUUUCAGACCAGAUGCAUUAUAAGGCCUAAUCUGAAAUUACAGGAAAAUAUGACAUUUACAGAAAAUAUGAGCCUUAGGCAUGCAGCAUUCAUCAAUUUUUGAGGGAUUUACUUAAC